AUGCGAUUUUCAUGCAGCACACGACAGUUUACAAGAAAAUAUGGACAGUUUACAAGAAACUAUGGACAAUUUGAAAGAAACUAUGGACAAUUUGAAAGAAACUAUGGACAAUUUGCUAAAUUUCCUCACGACAAAAUUCCCUACACCAAUCGCCUUAAACCAACAUUUGACCCUUCAGAUCCCGAAUACAAAGUAGUUCCUGCCUAUCGGGUAUUGCCUCUCGAAACGAUUCCACACUAUAUAUCCAAAAACGUUGCGCGUCAAAUACUUGUCACAAUGAUAAAAAAUAGGGUUUUAGAUUCUAUUUUGUACAACUUACAGAGGCAAGGAAAAAUCGCGUUUUACAUGACCUCUCUUGGCGAAGAGGCUGCCAUUGUUGCGUCGACCGCUGCUUUAGCAGAUGAGGACGUAAUUUUCACGCAAUAUAGGGAGCAGGCAUCUUUUUUGUACAGGGGAUUUUCUCUUCAAAACCUUGCUGAUCAGCUAUUUUCAAACGAAGCAGAUUCGGGAAAAGGCCGACAAAUGCCUCUUCACUAUGGAUCGAUAACACACAAUAUCCAUACGGUUUCCUCCGUGCUUGCCACCCAACUUCCUCAUGCUGUUGGAUCGGCAUAUUCGCUGAAAAUGAACGGAACAAGUAAUUGUGAAUUUUAUAUCGGCAAGAAACAAUAUCAGCCUGCUAUUUUGGCGAAGCAAGCGCAAGCGAAGGGGAUUUCCAUUCUGCACUGA